AUAGAAAAAGGAGCAGGUGUUGGUGCGAAGUGGAGCGAUGAGGAAUAUGCCAAAGAAGGAGCAAAGCUCGUUACGAACGAGCAAGCUUAUAAGGCUGACAUCUUGCUCAAGGUCCGACCACCCUCACUUACAGAGGCCGCACUCCUAAAGGAUAACUCCACGUUGAUCUCGUUUCUGUAUCCCGCUACAAAUAAGGAACUUGUAGAUGAAUUAGCAAAAAAGAAGUUGAACGCCAUUGCUAUGGAUUGUGUGCCUAGAAUCUCACGAGCACAGGUGUUUGAUGCCUUGUCAUCUAUGGCGAACAUUGCUGGAUAUCGAGCUGUGAUUGAAGCAGCUCAUCAUUUUGGUCGAUUUUUUACAGGACAAAUUACGGCUGCUGGAAAGGUUCCCCCAGCUAAAGUUCUUGUGAUUGGUGGUGGUGUAGCAGGUCUCAGUUCAAUCGCAACGGCCAAAAACAUGGGUGCCAUUGUUCGUGGUUUUGACACCCGAUCGGCUGUCAAAGAACAGAUUCAGUCAUUAGGAGGAGAAUUUCUUACCGUUUCGGUGAAAGAAGAAGGUGAAGGAACUGGCGGAUAUGCGAAAGAAAUGAGCAAAGAAUUCAUAGAUGCUGAGAUGGCAUUGUUUGCAAAACAAUGUAAAGAUGUUGAUAUCAUUAUAUCUACUGCUUUAAUACCUGGAAAACGUGCUCCAGUACUUAUCACAGAGGAAAUGAUAAAAACUAUGAAGCCUGGUAGCGUUGUGGUAGAUUUGGCAGCUGAAGCUGGUGGAAAUAUUGAAACCACGAAACCUGGACAAUGCUAUAUCAAUCAUGGCGUAACUCAUAUUGGAUAUGUUGACCUCCCGUCGAGGUGCUUAAUUCGUUUUAUCCUUAUCUUCCAAAAGAAGAAUUAUGCGAAAUAUACUGUAAAAUACUGCUUUAAUACCUGGAAACUAGCUGCAAGCUUUAAGAACUAG